AUGGAAUUACUUAGAGAAGAGCAGUUUGAGGAUUUAUUCGAUACUUACUACUUUGACCAAUUCGACCAACUCGAUCAACUCGAUCAACUUGACCGACUUGAUCAAACUUCAACUGAUCCGAAUUCCCAACCCGGUUCUAAUGCAGAAACCAUAUGUACUGACAAUUUGAACAACUAUAACAAUUUUGAUUUCGCAAAUGAGCUAGAUUUCACAUACCAAUCAACUUGGCCCAUAUCGGGAUACAUUUCAGACCCUCCAGAUCACCCCUGCACAAACGCAACAACAACAACAGCAGCAGCAGCAGCAAACAAUAAUGACCCCAUCUCAACAAUGGACACUCUUACAUCUCCACUCUCGAAAUUCGCAUUUGCAUCUGCAUCUGCAUCUGCAUCUGCAUCUGCAUCUUCAAUUGCAACUGCAACUGCUUCAUACCCGGUAACAGUACCUGUGCCUUCAUCUGUAUCUGCUUAUUCAUCAUCACAUUCCAGAAACCAAAGUUUGGCUUCCCCACUUCAAGUUCCUAGCGAACUACGUUCAUAUUUGCCAAGGGUGCCGGUAUCAUCUCCCAAGACAGAAUUGGCAUUAAGAACCAAAUCGUUUGAUGCACAACCAAAGUAUAACGAGAAGAAUAUUAUUUAUUGUGAAUUUGCUAGUACCAGAACCAAAGCAACAACUAAAAAUAAAUGUCUGAUGAAGAAAUAUAAAGUGAGUAAAUCAUCAACUGCAUCUCCCGUACUAAGACCGCCACUAAAACCAUCUGUGACAAUAACUUCCAUUGAUACUUUAACCAAACUUCAAAACCCACCAGCAUUGACAGGAAAAGGUAUUACAAGCCCACUAAAGACCAAAGUGGGCAACCCAUUUUACAAACCAAUUACUGAUACCCAGCUUCGAUUGAAAACAAAUACAAGCAGAGAAAAAACAAGUAAUGCAGAUCAAUCGCAACAACAAAAACAAAGCAGGAAACUUUCACUGUCGCUGUGUCAACCACCGGAUUCAAUAUUGAUGCACAAAUUGGAAUUCAAAACAGAACUGAAUUUGGAUCCAGAAAACCUACCAUCGAGAUUGCUCAAUGCUAAUAGGGACAUUAAUAAUCAUGAUUCAACUCUUGCAACACUUCAAGAUUGCUUUACAAUUGACUGCUUCUUCAACAAUUAA